AAGGCUCGAAUCGACGCCGAAUUGUCUGGCUGGCUGGCUGGCUGCAACAACCUGCCUCAUUCUGCUACGCCAACGAAGGGAGGGGUGGACGAUGAAGCCGUCGCUGCUUCUCGUGUCUGCUCUGGCUGCUGCCCUGUCGGGGGGCUCGAGCGUUGGGGCGGCACCUUCGACAAACAAGCCAACAGCAACGCGCGAGGGCCUCUUACAGCUCACAACUGCCAAUUGGACUACCGAGAUCGCUCAUGGCGCCUGGCUCAUUGAGUUUUUCUCGCCUUACUGCGGGCACUGCAAGGAAUUUUUCCCUGUCUGGGACGAGCUUGUGACCAACAAGGAAUACCAGAGGUCGUCAUAUCCGGACGCACCAUUCACGCUCGCCCAGGUCGACUGCAUCUCGCAGAACGACCUGUGCGUCCAGGAACAGGUGCCUCAUUUCCCUCGCUUGACAUUAUACCGAGAUGGCAAGCAGGUCCAUGCCGAGUACCAGGGCGUCCGAGAGUACACCGCUCUGUCGGCGUAUGUCGAUAAGGAGGCCGAAGAAUAUCGAGUGGCUAGAGGAGUCAGCAACGAGCCUCACCCUAUAGUAGAGGCGCCAAAAGUCGAUGCAGCGAAGGGUGACGAUGCAAAGGCCAAGGGAGACGAGGGCAACAAGGACAAGCAAGUAGACCCUGCAGCAGCUGCAGCACCCGCUGCGCCUCCCGCCGUAGACCAAAAGCCAAAAGACGAACAACCACCACCGCCGCCGCCGCCUCCGGAGCCGCUGCCACAAGGUCCGAAUCCUCUUGGCAAGGUCAUCAGCUAUGGUUCGCCCGAUGGACCGAUCAAAGACCCGGCCUCGCUCGAGCACAUGCUCAGCAAAGAUGGCGGCGACGGGGCCUGUUUUGUCAAGUUCUUUGCGCCGUGGUGCCCUCACUGCAAAGCUAUGGCCAAUGCCUUCCGAGAGGUGGCAGAAGCGCUCAAGGGCCGCGUCAAUGCCAUCGAGGUCGAUUGCGAACGCAACAAGGCAGUCUGCGCAAAGUACGGCAUUCAGAGCUUCCCUACGCUGCGAAUGUACAACGAAGGCGAGGCGACAGAGUACCAAGGGGGUCGUGGUUUUUCGGCAAUGAGGACGUGGGCACUCAAGGCCGGCAGCGCCUCUGGCGUCCGACAGAUCUCUGCCCAGGAGCUGGGAGGCAUUGGCAACAACGACGAUGUUCUCUUCCUCUACCUGCACCAGGCAGGCACGCCCGAAAGAGAGAUCGACGCCGUCACAAAGGCGUCGCGGAUUCUGCUGACGACGCCGGUCCACGUCUAUCGCUCGUCGGACGAGGAGCUGAUCACACGAUACAAGUCGCGGCUCUCUAGGGGCUCCGCUUCGGGCUCCCAGGCCUCUGCGGGCUCGCUCUCUGGCCUGCUGGCAUUCAAGGAUCACGAUUUGAACCGGCCAACGGCCGUCUAUUUUCCCUCUGCGCUUUCGCCGCAGCUCACAGCGCCCAGCGCCGCGGCCGAUGUGGCUGAGUGGCUCGACAAGGAGCGGUACGCCACAGUGUCCGAAGUGACGGGCAACAGCUUCAACGACAUUAUCAACAACAAGCAAGGCGCACCCGUCGUGCUUGCUGCGCUGUCGGAUGUGCACCACAGCGGCAGCGUCCUGAGCACCGGCACGGGUGCCUCGCUGCGCGACGAGGAGCUCGAAGCGAUGCGCGAGCUGGCCAAGGGCUGGCGAGAGCGCGGCGGAGGCGGGGCCGAAGGGACGGCAGCGGAGGCGACGCGGCAGCGCCAGGAGCGCGUCCUGUUUGCGUGGAUCGAUGCUGACCGGUGGGCGAGCGCGAUUGCCAAGUACUAUCAUGUCAAGCCAAAGCACCUGCCCAAGCUCCUCCUCGCCGACGGAGCCCGGCUGGAGUACUACGACCUGCCUUCGCGCUUUGUCAGCCCGUUCCAGAAGCAAAAACAGCAGCAGCAGAGACCAGGAGGCAAGGCGGGGACGGCAGCGGCGAAAAAGUCGUGGAUUGACAAGGCGGAAAUCUACGAGGCCCUCGACCUCAUCUGGCAGGGCAAGGGCGCCAAGCCAAAGAGCAGUCGCACCACCCUCGACCGCGGCAUCCAGGGCGCCAACGGUGCGUUUGAGUCCCUGUUCCAUCACUCGUUCCUCUCCUUUGUCUUUCUCGUCGGCCUCGUCGCUGCCGUGGUUGCGUAUCUGCGCUCUCGCGCCGACCAGCGGGGCAUCCACUCGGCCCGCCUGCCGAUCGGCAAGGUCGAUUGAAGAAGAAGAAAACAAAAAGUUCCGCACACACACCACACACUGUAUUACGAAUGAUGAUGAUGAUUGUCUAUAGCACACACACACACACCUCUACACACACAGCUAGAUGAACUUCUUCAUGGCUGCGCGCAAGUCUGCCUGCAGGUCUUCAAAGGACUCGAGGCCGAUGCUGAGGCGGAUCAGCGCCGGGUCCUCGGUGGGGUCCGAUGCCCGGCGGUACUCAAGCAGGG